AAAAACACCAACGAAGAAGAAGAAAAAAUAUAUUUAAUUUUUGUCUCGAUUUGUUCGUUUGCUGUUGAUUAGCUUUUACGAGUGCACACUUGGAGAGAAAGGGCCGUGCCCUUCGCAAUUGACUGUGUUAGCGUACAGAUUCUAAAAAAGCAAAUAAUAUAUUGUAUAAAAAUUCGAUUCAACUGAGAAUUAAAAACCCCGACCGCGCCAUUCGAGAAACAUUUAAUUGUUAAAUUGAUGCGAUUGUUGUGCGAAUCAUAGCAGCUUUAAAGGACAGAGUUUUUAAGAACCUUUGCAAUAUUUACCGGUAAAAAAAGAAUACAUAUUGUCAAGUUAUAUUCUAAAUUGAUUGUUAGCAUGUAGAGAGGUACAAUAUUCUAAAGGCUCCCCCCAGAAAAAUUUAUAUAUUGAAACUCUUUUCAAUUCUACAUACGCUGUGUGUGUAAUAGAGAGUGAGAGAUAAACUUGCUUACUGCCGCGGUGUGGUUUUAGUCAAGUGUGCUUUCACCGGGCCGGGCCUAAAAAUGUCCUGGGAACUUUAUUCUGCACAAAUGCUUUAUGUCGACAAUUACUCGUGGGACACCCGAAACGCCGCGGCGGCUAACGAGACGCCGGACGCCAACAUUUCAUCGAGCAACUCGUCAGCUGCAGACAGGAGAAGCCACUCCUAUAUGCCGCAGCAGGAGUGUCCGACGCGGGGCUGCAGCCGCACAGGCUGCACGGGGGCGCGGCUGGUGACGGACAACGCGGCCUUCCUGGAGGCCGAGUACCUGCAGCAGCAGCACAACUACCAGGCCAGCCAGAAGCCGUACAGGGUGGGCCUCAUCCUGCUGUGCAUGGGCGCCCUUUUCAACUGGCUCGGCCUGGCGCAGGCCUACGUCGAGCCGAUGCGCUACAUCGGCGUCGGCUGCAUCGUCGCCGGCGCCCUCCUCAUCUGCGCCGCCAUGUGCCGAUGGCUCGGACGCUCCAACGCCUCAACCGCCGCGCAACGCGCCGCCGACCUCAGCAGCUGCGAGUUGAACACGAUUGGUCGCGAGGAUGGCAGCAGUCUUUACGGUGGACAGCCCUCGGUGCAUAUCAUCAGCCUGCCCCUGAGUCCCAACCUGCAGAGCAAACCGCCCGAUUACGAAAGCCUCGUCGCUGAACUGCCCACGUACGAAGACGCCAUCAAGCUGCGUCCGACCCUCGAGUUCAUUCCUCCGGCCCAGUCCGCGGCGCAACAUCUCGAGGAGCAGCCUGCGGUCGGCACUUCGACUGUAAAUCUCACCAAAGCGCUGGAAUCUUCCUUGAACGACUCCCCUGCUGAACGCUCCAGUUGAAUUCGAACAAAUUAAACACACACGAGAAUUUCCAUUCUUUGCCAGGGGGCAGAAUUUUUGUACAUACUUUGACUGAUCGAGUGAUUUUUAAAAUUUUUAUUUUAAUUUGGUUGGUUUUUUAGAUUGUGUGAGAGUCAGUUUUUUAGCAAAUGAUCUCGCAAUUAUUAGUUUUAAGUAUUGUUAAUUCCAAGGUAAUUAAAAAAUAUAAUAUGUAGCCUUCAAAUAUUUGUGAGAAAUUCUGCUCCUGAAGCAAUUUUUGGCAAAGGAAAAAAAAUUGUACUACGCAAUUCUUGGAAGCUUUGGCAAAAGAGAAAAAUUUCACAUAUUCAAAGACUUUUGAAAAGUUUGUGUCUAAAGAUUUAAAUACUUUUUGGCUUGUAUGAAAAAUAUAUAUUUUUUUCUUUCUGCCAAUGUAUCGAGAAACAGAAAUUUUGAAGUGUUCCAUUUUUUGUACAUAUUUGACUGCUGUGUAAUUAAGUGGCAGAUAAUUAUAUCGAUCCAUCAAUUUAUCUCAUCAAGUGAUGAAGAGCAUUUAGUUUGAGAACUUUUUUACAUUUUCUCCGUUCUCGUUUGGAGCACUUGAUCUGCUUUUCCGUGAGAGUGAUUUUAGACUAUAUAAUAUAUAUCAUGUAAAUUAUCUGAGAGGAAAAACGUCGUUUGAGCAAUACACAAUUUACUUCCAUUGUGCUAGAAAAAAAAUUAAUGGCGCACUCAGUCUUUCUCCUCUCUCAAAUAAAAGCCACACUUCUAAAGAAAAUUAACAAAAAAUGUAUAAGCCGGUGACGAUUUUUGCUCGAAUUCCGCAGCAUCGACAUAAUAAUAAAGAUAUUCAACUGCGUCGUAAUCUAGUCAUGAGAAAAUAAGAGCACGAUUGGAAUGGAAAAAAUUUGACAGCCUGUUUUUAAAGUGCACCUUGGAAAAUAUUUUCUUGGAAAUCACUUCCAGUUUUUUGCGGCGAUUGUGAUUUGAAGGUGCACUCGAAACAUGGUUUGAUACGAAAUUAUAUUCUAAAAGUUGGAUGGGCCAGAGGGACAAUUUAAGAGAAAGGAUUUUUUAAAGUUUGGCUACAUUUCUGGUGCAAGCACCUUAACUGAAAAAGUUGAUUUUUACAAUGACAUUAUUUAGAGAGCACUAAUCUUUGCAGUCGCAAGUGAAUUUAAACUAAAUCCAACAACAAGGCCUAUCCAGUGAUAAAACACGAAAAUGAUGUAUUUCAAAAUUUAAAUGCGUAAGACCCAUUAUCUUUUAAAAACAGCUUUACAAGUGUAUAUAUGGAAAAUAAAGAGACCUAAGAUCUGA